AAUUAUUCAUAUAUUAUUUUUAUGAAGCGUUGCUUAAUAUUGUUGUAAUUAAGUCGAAACACGAACAAAGUUUGUAGAAGGAUAUCAAUCUUAAAAACUUGAGAAUGAAUUAAGAAAUUAAAAACUGGACAAAAUAUUAAUUCUAUAAAAUUGCUUCGCUGAUUAAUUUCCGUACAACGUGUAGUUACAUAACACAUUUGUGGGCUGCAGUACAGGCUCGCGAUUUAUCUAAACCUAUCUUCACAUUUGCAUUACUUGAACGCAGGAAGUGCAAUAGAGAAGUGCAAAAAAGAACAGCUCUUUUGUCCUUUUUGCUAAAGAUGGUGAUCGCGCAGUGAAGUGAGUCACUUGCGCUACUAGAGAAAGAGAAAGACAGAGAGAAAGAGAGAGAGGGUGACAAAAGUUAGAAAAAGAGAGGUUGUAAGUGGUUGUCAACAAGUAGCGAGGCUUCUGCUUUCCUUUGCAAUUUCACGAGUCGAGUGAAGACUCGAGCGAGUGAGGGGAGAGUCUAACCGCGAUUUAUGCUGCUUCCUUCGUUUGUGACCUGCGACGCACCGACGAAAUCAACCGCGGGGCGUGCCGAGAGCGCCGAAGUAGCACGAGGGUGGUAGGCAGGAGCUGUCAAGGCAUCGAGAGUUCUCUGUCCCGCACGUCCGAGGGGCUCAAGGCUUUGAUGAAUGUCUGAGAGUGAUUACGAUUCGGCGAACGAGUACACAAGCCUGAUGGACGGCCACGUCGCGGAGUCCCGCACGGACGACCCAAUCCUGGUCAACGAUCGUCGCAAAGCGCGCACCAGGACCGCCAACGAGGAGGUGGAAAAUGGGAUGCCCGAGGUACACUUCGAGGCGUCGGGUACAACCGUUGCCCGGUCAAACAGGCGCGGCGCAUCCGGCAACAAUAAUCAAAAUAGAUUGAGGCAUUACCGAGACGAGGAGGAGGAAGAGCUAAAGUAUGGUGCAGCUCAUGUGAUCAAGCUCUUUGUUCCCGUCUCGCUGUGCAUGCUGGUUGUAGUGGCGACCAUUAGCUCGGUACACUUCUACACGACCAAGGGAAUGUACUUAGUGUAUACUCCGUUUCAUGAGGAAAGUAAUGAGACGGGUACCAAGGUCUGGCAGGCAUUCGCCAACUCAAUGAUCCUCAUGAGCGUCAUCGUGUUUAUGACUGUGAUACUUAUCUUCCUGUAUAAAUACAGAUUCUACAAGACCAUACAUGGCUGGCUGAUUAUAAGCUCUCUGCUCUUGCUGUCAAUGUUCUCCGCCUUGUUUUGCGAGCAAGUAUUAAAAGCUUAUAACAUUCCAAUGGAUUUAUUUACAUUAGGUAUAGUCCUAUGGAAUUUCGGUGUAGUUGGAAUGAUUUGUAUUCAUUGGCAAGGGCCACUGCAGCUCCAACAGGCUUAUCUGAUUUUCAUUUCCGCCUUAAUGGCGCUCGUUUUCAUCAAGUAUUUACCUGAAUGGACGGCCUGGGUUGUGCUUGGUGUUAUAAGUAUUUGGGAUCUGAUUGCGGUCUUGACACCGAAGGGCCCGCUGAGAAUACUCGUCGAAACGGCGCAGGAACGGAACGAGUCUAUUUUCCCUGCUCUCAUAUAUUCCUCCACCAUCUUGUAUGCCUAUGCCGGAUACGUGCAGGCAGCUACGAUGGCGUCCGGAGACGCCGCGGCGUCGCCUACGCGUGAUCAAGCGGACAAUCAAAAUAAUCGCGUGUCGGGCGACGCGGAGGAGGGCGGUUUCACUUCUGAAUGGGUAGAAACGCACGGUGAACGCAGCGCGAGACGCGCUCAGGAGGUACGCGACAACUCGUCCACAGGGAGGGAGAGCGCGAGACAGCAAGAGAAUCGUCCGCGGGAUCCGCAGCAGCAGCAACAGCAAGGACAACCGGGACAGUUGCUUGCGGUCGCUGAAGAGGAACGCGGAGUUAAGCUGGGUCUCGGCGACUUCAUAUUCUACAGCGUGCUCGUUGGGAAAGCGUCCAGCUACGGAGACUGGAACACCACGUUGGCUUGUUUCGUCGCUAUUCUCAUUGGCCUGUGCCUGACGCUGCUGCUCUUGGCCAUAUUCAAGAAAGCGCUACCCGCGUUACCGAUCUCCAUCACGUUCGGGCUGACGUUCUACUUCGCCACACGGGUGAUCGUCGCGCCGUUCGCGGACAGCCUAGCGAGCGAACAAGUGUUUAUCUAAGGAUCUAGCUGCGACAAAUACCGCGUCCUAUUAUCAUUUUAAUUUAUUGCAGGAAUCAAAUAUCUCGCGCGAGGGGGAAGGGGGGGGGCGGACAAUGCCCGUCUACUUACCCGUUUAGUAUUCAUUCGAGUGUGUCGCCUUUAGUUCCCGUGCUUCUUGACUUGAUCCUCGCCGUUUGUCUGCACGAAGUGAAGUUUCGAACGGAUCAAGCGACAAAGAGUACCUACAUUUUUUAAUCAGGUAUAUAUAUUCGUCAGAGAAUAAUAUAUCAAAUAUAUUUGUAUCGCGAAAUGCUCACAGGAAAGGAAAAGAAAAUAAUCUAAAUUUCUAACGUAGAUAGAUAGAAUAGAGAGAACGAUAGAGAGCGUAGCUACCUAGUAUUUUUCUACGCGAAGCGAGCUCGCGCGAGCGACGCGAGUCCUCGCUACCGAACUGAGCGGUGCGGUACGUUUGAUGCGGCGUGCGAAAGUAUGUAUGUAUGUGUGCGUGCGUGGUACAAAGCGGGCGAAAGGAUGCGCUGCAUUAUAACAAUUUAUUGUACUCCGUUGUUACACUUACAGAACAUAGGUCUCGUAGAUUCAAGUAUAAAAAAAGCGGAUGACGACGAUGACGACCGUUCUCUCUCUCUCUCGUGGUACGAAACGUGAGGUAAAAUGUCGAAUACGUCCGAAUGCGUAAGUAAUAACUGCCUUCGUUCGCGCGCUCGAUGAACGACCGCGCGAUGUUCGCCAAUCCCGUUGAAGACGAGCGGGUUGUCGUGCACUAGAAGAGCGCCGAGUUCGCUACUACUAAACUACUAGCCAGGGUGUUUCCUUGGGGGUUUUUUUUUUCUCGAGUCCGGUUACACACAGCCAUGGGGGAGUAAAUAUUUUUAAUCGUACUCUAUACGAGAAAAGCAUAUUUAUCGUACGUUGUGGCGUUUAGUUUAUAGAUCCUAAUUUUACGAUGCUGAACGAUAGCGUUCCUCGCGAGACUGAUAAGCUGUUACAUUGUCUCCUUUCGUCUCUUUUUUUCGUCGCGUAUCUCGACGAGGAUGAUCCGGUGAGAAGACACGAGGCCGAAACGUCCGUCCUGGCUACGUAGGAAGCGGUCUUCUCGCAUCAUCACACAAUGUCUUCUCGAGUUCGGUUUGUUUUCUUUUACAUGCCGAUAAAAAGUUUCUUUUUUUUGGUAAACUUUAAUACUGCAAUCGCACAGUCUGGUGAUCGAUCCGACCAAUCGUUAUUCGCGACGACAGCAAGUAAAUCCUUUAGAAACGAUGAAAAUUGUCAUGUCAUGAUCGAGCUUUGGUUUCGUUUCGAUUAUUAUUCGAAUAAACACCGAUAAUCGCAUAACAAUGCAUCCCGCUGUUCAACCGUUAAUUCCUCGCGCGCUAUAAUAUUAUUUAUGUAACGUAUAUACUAUACAUAUAUAGAUCCCCGGAACCGGAAGAACUUCAACAGCGAUAUGACGUCUCUCGUGUUUGUAACACACACCGCUAACUUUACAAGCAGCAAUAAUUAUUACGCUAUUAACGGAAAGUCCGCUCGGUGUCGAUCUUCGCGUGUAGGAUUACCAGAUGGCAUCGAAAAAGAAUACAUUGCAGAGAAGAAUCCGAAAAAUUGCGGAACACGAAAAAAAA